CAAACGUAUGGAUCUAUUUCCUCUUUUGAUUUGUCCAUGCCUUUUAUAUAUAUUAUGCACAGAUACCUUCCCAAAAACAAAUUUCAAGUUACAAGAGAGACGCAAAAUGGAGUGCUGCAGAGCUCAUCAUAUAAUUGCUAUAGUUUCACUUGUUCUGAUCCUCUCUCCAGUUGUUGUUCAUGGUUGGGGAAUUGAUGGCCAUCUCACCAUUUGCAGAAUUGCCCAGUCGCGGUUGAGUGAAAGUGCAGCAGCAGCGGUCAAGGUACUGCUUCCGGCGUCGGCCGGUGAUGAUUUAGGGAGUGAGUGUUCAUGGGCAGACAGAGUCAAGUUCCAUUAUCACUGGUCAUCAUCUCUUCAUUUCAUUGAUACCCCUGAUAAUCUCUGUGCCUACCAGUACACCAGGGAUUGCAAAGAUGAAUAUGGAGUACAGGGCAGGUGUGUAGCAGGGGCAAUUAACAAUUACACUAGCCAGCUCCUCAGCUAUGGCAAUGCUGCCUCCCAAUAUAAUCUCACAGAAGCACUUCUCUUCCUUUCUCACUUCAUAGGAGAUAUUCACCAGCCACUACAUGUCGGUUUUACUUCAGACAAGGGAGGCAACACAAUUGAUGUCCAUUGGUAUACAAGGAAAACAGUUCUCCAUCAUGUCUGGGAUGACAGCAUAAUUAUGACCUCAGAAGAUAGAUCAUAUAAUUCUAAUGUAGAUGGACUGAUUGAUGCAAUCAAAAAGAAUAUAACGGGUGAAUGGGCAGAUCAAGUCCAGACAUGGGAGGAUUGCAGCGGGAACCAGACAGCAUGCCCCGACAUAUAUGCAUCUGAAGGUAUUAAAGCAGCCUGUGACUGGGCAUACAAGGGUGUAAGCGAAAAUUCAGUACUACAAGAUGACUACUUCCAGUCCCGUGUACCAAUUGUCAAUUGGCGGUUAGCUCAAGGAGGGGUUCGUUUGGCAGCCACUCUUAACCGUAUAUUUGGAUGAGUACUGAUUCACUUGUUGGUGUCAUGGGAAAAACAGAUCUUUCCUGAGACUGUAAACUUAGAACUAUGUAUUGAUUGCUACUAGGCUGUCUAUAUUUCAACUUCUAUAGUUGCAUUUUAAUGAAGUUUAUGUUCCUGUAGCAACCCCAA